AUGACACCAACCAACAACCACCCAAACAACUACAACCCAGCCAACCACCACUCAGCCAACCCCCACCAAGCCAACCACCACCCAACCAACCACCACUCAACCAACCACCCCCCAACCAACCACCCCCCAGCCAACCACCAUCCAGCCAACCCCCACCCAGCCAACCACCACCCAACCAACCACCACUCAACCAACCACCCCCCAGCCAACCACCCCCCAACCAACCACCCCCCAGCCAACCACCCCCCAGCCAACCACCACUCAACCAACCACCACCGAGCGAACCCCCACCCAGCCAACCACCACCCAACCAACCACCACCCAACCAACCACCCCCCAGCCAACCACCCCCCAGCCAACCACCCCCCAGCCAACCACCACCGAGCGAACCCCCACCCAGCCAACCACCACCCAACCAACCACCACCCAACCAACCACCCCCCAGCCAACCACCCCCCAGCCAACCACCCCCAACCAACCACCACCGAGCGAACCACCACCCAGCCAACCACCCCCCAGCCAACCACCCCCCAACCAACCACCCCCCAGCCAACCACCCCCCAGCCAACCACCACCCAGCCAACUACCACCCAGCCAACUACCUCUCCCCCAACAACCCAUUCUACCACUUACCUGAACAGCACAUCUCAGGUCCAAACAACAGAGGUGGUCAGGUGUGUGGUGAACCAGACUGAAGACAUUAUCACAACAAAUUACUUUGGGCUAGAGUUCACUGCACCCGGAAACUUUUGCUCCUUCAGUGUGCUGGACAGCAGAGACGGUUCCCACGUAUCAGACUGCUCUCAGAGUGAACCGCGUGGCACCUCCUUUAAGUGUGAACUCACAGAUCUGAUGCCUGGCACUGUCUAUCAUUUCAGAAUAAUUUCAAAGACUGAUGGAGAGCAGCACAACGUCUCAUUUCAAACUGACCCAGAGAUGCCAGCAGGGCUGGAGGUUGUGUUCCAGCAGUCUCCUGUGCCCGGGCUGUCGGUGAGCUGGCUCCACUCCCAGGGCCCUGUGGACUGGUAUGAGCUGGAGCUUUCUGACACUAGCACAGGGGAUGUUAGGAAAACCAGAGUAGCAGCCAGUGCUGUACCUCGAUCCGGCUUCACCAACCUGGUCCCGGGAACACACUACACACUCCACCUAGUGGCCAGGACUGGGAACAGACUGUCGGCAGCAGCUGGGACGUCUGUAGCGAUAGCUCCGUCUGCUGUAAGCACCCUCCGUCUCUCUGCCACAUCCACCCAUGUCAACGUCUCCUGGCAGCCGGGCUAUGGACGAAGAGAGGCAUUCUGGGUAGUGCUGAGUCACAGAAGCGAGCUGCUCCAAAACAUGACACUCGGGAGCACAGUUAUGUCUUGUGUCAUGGACCACCUCACCCCUGGAACCCUGUACAGGGUCACCGUGGUAACCAAGGCAGUGGGCAAGCAAGAAAACUCAACCAAGGAUAUCUGGACAGCUCCUGCUGCUGUUAGGAGCCUGUAUCUGCUGAACCAUGGAAGUCAGGACACUCUGAACGCCUCCUGGACUCCCGCUGUGGGAGGGGUGGAUGCCUACCUGGUUUCCCUGUCUGCCUCCUCAUCCUCCACUGCUGAACAGGAGGCCGUCCUCCUCCCCAAUACGUCCUAUUGGCUGUUCACUGGACUGAUGCCUGGAAGGGCCUAUCAGGUGUCUGUAAACACCAAGAGUGGAGAGCUCAGCACUGGGACCAAAGCAACAGGCAGAACAGUUCCAGGAAAGGUUGUACAACUGAGCUUGACGGCUUUCAGGGACCAGAGCACUCUGAAGGUGUCCUGGUCGCCCCCUAAGGGCGAGUGGCAGUACUACCGUGUGCUACUGUUGGAUGGCUCCUCUGUGCUAGCUAACCACACGGCAGGCCGGGCGGCGCUAGAGUAUCCGUUCUCCGUCCAGUCCCUGGUGCCGGGCAGACCGUACAAGGCUGUGGUCACUGUGGUCAGCGGCUACCUGUCCAGCACCCAGCAGUGCGAGGGGAGGCUAGCCCCCAGGCCAGUACAGCAGCUGCAAGUCCGGCACAGUGAAGAGACGUCGCUGCGUGCUCAGUGGCGCCCUCCGGUGGGAGAGUGGGAUAACUACACCGUGCAGCUGAGAGAUGGAGGUGUAGUGGUGGGCAGCGUGUCAGUCCCCAGUGACUCGAAGGAGUGCAGCUUCAGUGACCUGACCCCAGGACACCAGUACACCAUCCAGGUGACCACCAACAGUGGCGACCUGAACAGCUCCUCCUCCAUCACUGCAUACACUGUCCCAGCUCCCGUCACCCAGCUGCGCGUCACUAACGAGGGCUGGAGUAAUGCUCUGCAGGUCAGUUGGCUGCAGGCGGAGGGAGAGAUCGAUACGCAUCGCCUCCUCCUCAUCCACGACAGCGUCGUCAUCCGGAAUGAGAGCGCGCCUGCGCGCCUCAGCUCCUACCACCUCCAGUCCUUGAAGUCUGGUGCCCUCUACAGGGUGGUGGUCACCACCGUCCGGAGCGGCUUGUCCUCACGACAGGCAGUGGCUGAGGGGCGUGCAGUGCCUGCUGCAGUCCGUGAGGUGUUGGUAAGCAACAAUGGCAGAAUGGACUUCCUCAGUGUGUCCUGGAGGGCAGCACACGGUGACGUGGACAGCUACCUGGUGACCCUGAGUGACCAGGAGAAGACGGUCCACUCUCUGACCGUGUCCAAAGCCAGUCCGGAGUGUGUGUUUAAGUCUCUGGUGCCUGGACGUCUCUAUAACAUCUCUGUCUCCACCCGCAGUGGUGUGUACGAGAACCACACAGUGGUCCAGGAGCGAACACAACCGUCCCCUGUCUUGACCCCGACGGCGACCCACAUGGCACGAGAAGACUCUCUCAGGGUGUACUGGCGCCACGUGGCUGGAGACUUUGACUUUUACCAGGUGGCCAUCAAACACAACAACAUCUUCCACCAGAACCAGACGGUCCCUCGGUAUCAGAACGAGUGUGUGUUCACGGGCCUGGUACCAGGCCGCCUCUACACGGUCAUCGUCAGCACGUGGAGUGGGAAGUACGUGUCCAGCGUGUCCACGCACGGACGCACACUGCCCGCAGGCGUGCGCAACCUCACGCUGGCCGGGCGAGGUACUGAGGAGCUGCGGGUCACAUGGGUGUCUCCACCAGGCGAUGUAGAUCAUUACGAGGUUCAGCUCCUGUUCAGUGACAUGAAGGUGUUUCCUCCCAUCACGCUGAGCAGCACCACGGAGCAGCUACUCCUUUCCUCGCUCACGCCCGGCCGCCUGUACAAGGUCGGUUCCACGUUUAGCGGCCCCAACCUCAGCACCCAGUUCACUGAGGGCAGGACAGUGCCCAGUAAAGUUAAGAACAUCCACAUUAGCAGCGAGGGGCAGAGCACCAGCCUGCGGGUCAGCUGGACUCCAGGGCAGGGAGACGUGGACAGCUACUCUGUGUCCGUGUCCAGGGCCGGACAGGUGCUGGAUGUACGGCCCGUCCCCAAAGACGUCAACAAACUGAACUUCCGGUCGCUUCAGCCGGGCCAGGAGUACAGCAUCAGUGUUCAGUCCAUCAGCGGGUCUCUGCUCAACAACAGCACUGCCCUUGCACGCACAGUCCCCUCUUCUGUAUUGUCUCUGCAGGCGGACAGUAAACACUCUACUAGCAGUGUCCUGUCCAGUUGGAAGGCAGGCGCGGGUGUGUGUGAUGGGUACAGAGUGCAGCUGCAGGAUGAGGGUGGUGCCCUGCUGGCCAACAGCACGCUGCCACUCCACCUACAGCACCACCUGUUCUCUCAGCUCGUCCCAGGCAGGAAGUACCGCAUCCUGGUCCACGCGCUCAGCGGCGGCGUCCAGAGCGCCGCGGCCACUGCCGAGGCUCGAACAUACCCCGAGGCGGUGCGGGACCUAGCGGUCAGGACUCGGUCCCGCAGCAGCCUGGCUGUGGGCUGGGCCGUGCCCCGCGGCAGCUACGACGGCUUCGACGCCUACCUGUACACAGGCGCAGAGAAGCUACAGGACCGCAGGACUGGCGCGGCCUCCAUGCUGAGCUGCUCCUUCCAGAACCUGACGCCCGGAGCAGCGUACAGGGUGGUGGUUCUGACCCGCAGUGGGGAGAACACCAACGGAUCCUCCACCUGGGCUCGGACAGUCCCAGCGGAGGUGCAGUCCUUGCGGGUGGAGAGCAGGAACAGCACUGGCACUCUGUGGGUGAGCUGGCAGGGGGCGGAGGGUGAGGUCAGCACCUACACUCUCACUCUCUACAACCCCGACCAGUCGAAGCAGGCUGAGCGUAACCUCAGCGCAGUGACUCGAGAGUAUACCUUCAGCCAGCUGGUGCCCGGGCGCCUCUACUCCGCUGUGGUCCUCACACGCAGUGGCGAUCUUACCAACAUGGCAACCACCAAGGGCAGGACAGACCCCAAACCACCCUUAUCGUUCAUCUCUGGAGGAAUCACCAACACGUCUCUGGAGAUCACGUGGAGCGCUCCGGAAGGCACGGACUACGAUGACUUCGAUCUUCAGUGGAGCCCCAGGGACAGCGUGUCCGUGUUGAACCCCUAUAACAGCCGCACGGCAGGCAGCCGCCUGCUGAGGGGUCUGUACCCCGGCCGGCUGUACCGCUUCAGCCUGCGCACGCUCAGCAGCGCCGGGGGCUUCCCGUCCUAUAGCCAGCCCAUCCGGAAGAACAUCCGCACACGUCCACAGGGUGUCUCGAGCCUGCACUGCUGGCCACUUGGCUCCACAGCCGUCUCCUGUUCCUGGAAGCCACCGGCGGCCGACUUUGACUCCUACACGGUGGAGUGUUCCCGCCAGGACGUUCCCACGCUGGUGUACUCGCGCCGCACCCCACAGGACACCAUGGUGUACCACAUCACCGAGCUGGAGCCCCACAGACACUACAGCGUCUCCGUCAAGGUCAUCUCCGACACCAUGACCAGCGAGGCAGCCAAGGACAGCGUGGUCACCAUGAUUGACCGCCCCCCACAGCCCCCGCCCUCCAUCCGUGUCAGUGAACAGAUGGUGCACAUCACCACAACCUCCAUCCUCUUCCACUUCAACUGCAGCUGGUUCAGCGACGUCAAUGGCGCCGUGAAGUUCUUCACCAUCGUCGUGGCCGAAUCUGAUGACGGUGAAGACCAUCACCCAGAACAGCGCCACCCGCUGCCCUCUUACUGGAACUACAGAAGCAACAGCUCAGUGAAGGUGUACCAGACCGGGUACUUCCCCAGUGAGUGUGGCGAGGGUCCCCAGAGUGCCAGCCAGGGGUACAACCUGACCCUGGGUGCUGGCAUGGCCAGCCUGGGGGGCAGUUGUGACCUCACCGUACCGAAGGAGGCAGACAGGAUGGAGCCUGUGUACUGCGAUGGGCCUCUCAAACCCAGCACGGCCUACAGGCUCAGUGUUCGUGCAUUUACACAGCUCUCUGAUGAAGUGCAGGGUGACGUAUCCUCUCCCCUGUACACUGACACCUACCUCUCUCUGCCCUUAGUCACCCAAACAGAGCCUCUAGGGGGUGUUAUCGAGGGGGUCAGUGCUGGUCUCUUCCUCAUCGUUUCCAUGGUGGGCAUCACAGUCCUGCUCAUAUGCAAACACAAGGCCCAUAAAGUUGUGCAGGAACCCGUGGUCCGGAUGAGUGUGAGGGGGGAGAGACCCCACGCAGGCCCCCACUCAGCCAUUAGGGGGACUCGUCGCAUCUCCAGUCCAAUCAAGCUGACGAACUUUGAGUCCCACCUCACCAAGCUGCAGGCUGACUCCAACUUCCUGCUUUCCCAGGAAUACGAGGACCUGAGGGAUGUGGGCCGUAACCAACCGAUGGACGCGGCUCUGUUGCCAGAGAACCGCGGGAAGAACCGCUACAACAACAUACUGCCAUAUGACUCCACCAGGGUGAAGCUGUCCUGCGUGGAUGAUGACCCAUGUUCAGACUACAUCAAUGCCAGCUACAUUCCUGGGAAUAACUUCCGGAGAGAGUACAUUGCCACUCAGGGCCCACUGCCUGGAACCAAGGACGACUUCUGGAAGAUGGUGUGGGAGCAGAACGUGCACAACGUUGUCAUGGUGACACAGUGUGUGGAGAAAGGAAGGGUAAAGUGUGACCACUACUGGCCAUUUGAUCAGGACUCACUGUACUAUGGAGAUCUCAUAGUCCAGAUGCGCUCAGAGUCUGUGCUCCCGGAGUGGACCAUCCGGGAAUUCAAACUCUGCAACGAGGACCAGCUGAACUACUCCAGAAUAGUGCGGCAGUUUCACUACACGGUGUGGCCCGACCACGGUGUGCCCGAGACCACACGGUCCCUGGUGCAGUUUGUGAGAACCGUACGGGAUUACAUCAACAGGACGCCCAGCUCCGGACCCACUGUUGUGCACUGCAGUGCUGGAGUUGGCCGCACUGGCACCUUCAUCUGUCUGGACCGAGUCCUUCAGCAAUUGGACACGAAGGACAUAGUGGACAUCUACGGAGCCGUGUUCGACCUGCGGCUCCACCGCUCCCACAUGGUCCAGACAGAGAGUCAGUACACCUACCUUCACCAGUGUGUGCGAGAUGUUCUCCGUGCGCGAGAGCUGCAGAGACAAGAGAACCGCUUGUAUCCCGUAUACGAGAACGUGGCUCCGGACUACCACAGAGAUGCCUUGUACACGCGACGCUGUUGACUGUCUGGAUUUAAUCAAAGGAUGAAGAUUUUCAAAUGAAAAUUACAAAAAAAAUUGUAAUUUUAUUUUUAUAGAGUAUUUAAAUGUUUUAUAAAUGAUUGUAUUGUCUAAAUGCUCUGUUGGUCUGUAUAAUGUAUAUACGUUCUAAUGUAAAAGCAAUAUAAUAUACAAAAAUUGUCACGUGUCACGGGACUUUUUCCUUACAUAAGCUACCUUACAGGACCAUGUGAAUGUUUUAUGAUCAUGAGAUUUAUACAUGAUAAUAUGUUACUAAUGCAGUUUACAUAUCAAAUGUAAGUGUAUAAAAACAUUUAAACCAUGUAGAACAUUAAUGGCUUAGUAACUGUACAGUAACAAUGUAAUUCUGUAUAUUUCAGUCUUAGUUCAUAAAUAACUCAGCAGG